UGGGCCGCAGCUUGCCAAUUCUCCCACUGUGAUAGUGAUGGUUGGCCUCCCAGCCCGUGGGAAGACCUACAUCUCCAAGAAGCUCACUCGCUACCUCAACUGGAUCGGUGUCCCAACAAAAGUUUUCAACGUGGGGGAGUAUCGCCGCGAGGCGGUGAGGCACUACAGCUCCUAUGACUUCUUCCGCCCUGACAACGAGGAGGCCAUGAAAGUCAGAAGGCAGUGUGCCCUGGCUGCCUUGAGGGAUGUCAAGCUGUACCUGACGGAGGAGGCUGGCCAGAUUGCGGUUUUUGAUGCCACCAAUACCACGCGGGAGAGGAGAGGGAUGAUCCUAAACUUUGCCAAAGAAAACGGGUUCAAGGUGUUCUUCAUUGAAUCUGUCUGCAAUGAUCCCACGGUAGUUGCCACCAACGUUAUGGAAGUAAAAUUGUCGAGCCCUGAUUACCGGGACUGUAAUUCGACCGAUGCCAUGGAGGACUUCAUGAAGAGGAUCAAUUGUUACCAAGCCAGCUACCAGCCGCUUGACCCUGAUGACUAUGACCGGGAGCUUUCUCUCAUCAAAGUCAUCGACGUUGGCCGGCGGUUCCUGGUCAACAGGGUUCAGGAUCACAUCCAGAGCAGGAUCGUUUACUACCUGAUGAACAUCCAUGUCCAGCCCCGCACCAUUUAUCUCUGUCGGCAUGGCGAGAGCGAGUUCAACCUCAAGGGGAAGAUUGGAGGUGACUCGGGCCUCUCCAACAGGGGCAAGAAGUUUGCACUGGCACUGAACGAGUUUGUUGAGGAGCAGAACCUGAAAGACCUCAAAGUUUGGACCAGCCAGUUAAAGAGGACGAUCCAAACAGCAGAAGCUCUCCAACUGCCCUAUGAGCAGUGGAAGGCACUCAAUGAAAUAGAUGCUGGUGUGUGUGAAGAAAUGACGUAUGAAGAAAUCAGGGAGCAGCAUCCAGAGGAAUUUGCUUUACGUGAUCAGGACAAAUAUUACUACCGCUAUCCUUCUGGGGAGUCCUACCAAGAUCUGGUGCAACGCCUAGAGCCGGUCAUCAUGGAGCUGGAGAGGCAAGAGAACGUCCUUGUGAUCUGUCACCAGGCCGUCAUGCGCUGUCUCCUGGCAUACUUUCUGGACAAGAGUGCAGAUGAAAUGCCCUACUUGAAAUGUCCCCUUCACACAGUGUUGAAGCUGACCCCAGUGGCCUAUGGCUGCCGGGUGGAGUCCAUCUCGCUGAACAUCGAGGCGGUCAACACCCACAGGGAACGGCCAGAGGAAGCAAAGAAGGGACCUAACCCGCUCAUGAGACGUAAUAGCGUUACCCCUCUAGCAAGCCCAGAGCCCACCAAAAAACCUCGCAUCAACAGCUUUGAGGAGCAUGUGGCUGUUUCUUCCACCCUGCCAGGCUGUGUUCCUCAGGAAGUGCCCACGCAGCUGCCGGGACAACCUUUACUAGGGAAGGCAUGCCUACGACCCGUUUGUCACUUUCUCAAAGUUUUCUCUUUACUAAUAUUUCCAAGAACAUGAACAACUCGCAGAAGCCGUCGUGACUCCGUUGGCGCUGUCGCGAGGCCACCAGCGACGCCACUGGCGCCGUCAGCUUCCCAUCCCAUCGCCAUUUCCGAAGCUUGCUUAUAAACCGGUCUCCUCCGUCUGCGGCGAGGUCGACCCUCGGCUGCUUCUACCCAUGCCUGUUCAUCUGCAAACUGCUCUGCUGAAGGGGGGGAGAUGCAGGAGAGCGGAGGAGAGGAGCCAAGCUCCCCAGGGUCACCACCAGAUCUUUAACCUGCAGCAUUUGCUCUCCUCUCUGGCGUCCUGUUAGAUCGUAGCAAGCUGUAAAGUGCUUCUAGCGCACAGGAGUUUAAUUUUCCUCUGUAAGUGGUUUUGAUCUCCUUUUGUAUAGACGAUUGGUACCCAUCCAUCUCCGGGUGGGAUGUAUAUAUGUGGAUGGUGCGGGGUUAGCAGAGAAGUAGGGGGAAGUGGGGGGGGGAGCAAAGAGGUUUUGCAUUUUUUUAUCGUUAUUAUUAACUACUUUUGAAGAAAGCCCCUGAUGCGUUGUGCUGCAGUGAUUUACCCAUGCUACAGACCGUUGCACACGCAAAGCCUGGCUCACCCAGGCCUGCGAGCACCAGAAAGGCAGUUGUGGGGAAUCCUUCACCGCAAGAACUGCUGGGUUUAAGAAAAACAAAUUAAAAAAAAAAACCCACAAAAACAAAAAAAACCCCAAAAAACAAACAACAACACAACAAAAAAUAUAUGGGUCUUUUUUCUUUUUUUUGAAUCAAUACGCUUUUAAGGGGUUUGCAGAGAGUAUAGAUCUGCUUCUAAAACCAGUCACGAGCUGCCUGUAGUGUAAGAGGAGUCACGUUGAUCCUGGCUCCCGUGAUGCUUUCAUCUCGGGGAGAAGCCAGGGGAUGCUCGUGAGUUCAGGCGAGUGUCGAUUUUCUGGGGAGACUGAGCACUUGUUGAGGUGCUGUGCUGGUACGUCAUCUUCCCUUUCCUCUGCCUUGGAGGAAAGUGGAGAUUCUUUGGGGAAGGGAGAUUUGAAUCCCUGCGUCACUGCAGGUGGACAAGCUGAGCUUUAGACGCGUUUUACAGACACACAGGUCUCGUGGAGGUGGCCAGAGCUUUGGCCAGGAUGCAGGAGUCCCUGUGUGACUGCAAAAAGCCACAAGAAGGGACAGUUUUGUCUGUUCUUUUUUAAUUUAAUAUAUACAUGCACACGUGUGUGUGUGUGUAUACCUAGAAACCGCUUGGUUUUUGCACUUUAUUUGUGGCAGGAGCAUAACUAUUUUUUUGAGUCGUGCCCCUUUACAGGGGAAGCCUGAAUACAGGCAACAUUUUUUUUUUUUUAUUUUGCAUGCUGGAAAGCUGAGACUACAAAAAAAAAGUAGUUAUGGCAUUCAAGGUGUGUGUGUGGGGGAAAAUGGGGCGAGGUCCUGAAUUAGACUCCAUCAGCCAACUCUCAGUGGUUUGAUACACGAGAUCCCUUCUUGGCAGCCUGUCCCAGGCUGCGAGACAACAGUUAAAAAUGGCAUUUAACCACUAUUGCUUUGUGCAAAAGUCUGUGGAUUUUUUUUUUUUUUUUAGAGCUUUGGGUUGGGGUCUUUUUUUUUCUUCCCCCUACUCCCCUGUGCAGCAGCAUCUCCAUCCCCAUCUCGUGGUUUUUUGGCUGCACAGCUGCGCUGGAGGCAGGUGGUGAAGGCAACCAAGUUCUCUUGCAGCACUGGGCUGGUGGAUUGGAGAUGAGCAACCCUUUGGUUUCAUCCUUCCCAUGGCUUUCUCCAACCCCCUGGGUAGGAAACAACAUCCCUACAGAUGGGAGCAGAGUGGUUUGGGGAGAAACGAUUUUUUUUUUGUGUGUGUGUAUAUGUUUUUUUGGGGGGGUUGGUCUUGUUUUUCCUUUGGGAAAAGGCGAACCACAGUGCCUAGUGCUUCAGCCUCGUGCAGCCAAAGCGUGUGCUCGAAGCAGCACCCAUGGUGGGAGGGGGCUGGGAUGUGCUCGGUCUGUAUCUGACCGGGGCAGACAGUCUCAGCAGUGCCCUGCCUGUGUGAGCUUGUGCAUAUGUGUAUUAUAUUCCUGUACAGAUUAAACAAAGAACACUUCCCCCCUUUUUUUUUAAAUAAUAACUGCAUUAAAAGCAGACUUCUCCCCGUGUGCACAGUGGACAUCUGUCCUUUCGGUUUCUCUGACUUGGAGAAAAACAAAUGUUUUGGGAAGGCAAGUCACUUGUCUUUUUGGCCAGCUUCCUUAGGGAGUUUUAUCUUUCACCUCCUGCUACAAAAAGAUAAGCCGUCUGGCUGCCCCGUGAUCAAUCCUGUAAACAUGUAAUUCUGCAGUUGUUUUGGCGUGUAUUUGUGUGUAUAUACAUUUUUAUAUAUAUAUAAAUAUAUAUAUAAAAAAAAUCGAAUGGCUAACUUGAUGACCCUAAACUUUCUUCCUUUGGGAAUAAUAGAAGUCUCAGUAGGUCUACAAAAAGAUUAAAUUUGAACCUGGCUUUUUUUUUUUUCUCCAGCAAGGGAAAAAUUGGUUUCUGAGCAGCAGAGAAGUUCUCUCAUGCUGGAGGGCUUAGCGGUAGGUGGGAUGGUGUCAGCCCCAUGCCAUCACACUGCCACAGAAACUCCCUGCCCAUCAUUUUUGGUUAACAGAGCCAAGGACCAGGCAGUGAUGCUGCAGCAGGGUGGGUGGGGAGAGGGGACUUGUCAAACCACACCAAUGAUUUCUUCCCCCCUCUUUUUUCCUGGUUUUGUUUUCCUUUGUGAUACUUGAAUUUAUUUUUUUAUUAUUUUUUUGAUAGCGAAGCGCUCUUUAUUUAUUUAAUGUAUACUGCAAAGCUUUGAGAGAAGGGUAGUUACUUGGGAUUUUUUUUUUCCUUUGGAUUUGUGGUAUGUUAACUGUUCUGUAUAUACGUCUGGAAUAAUUGCCUGAUAUAAAGCUGUGCCAGCUUAAAAACAGGGUAUGCCUUUCAGAAAUUUGUAUAUUUUGCAGUUGCUGGACCAAUAAAAUAUCUUGUUGAAAUACA